AUGGCGCCGGCCGUUGAGAUCGCGAUUCCAAGUACCAGCCUCUCCCUAACCUCACCUCAGCACACCGUCUAUCAUAUCACGCUCCGCCUCCCCCUCCGCUCCUUCGUCGUCUCCAAGCGCUACUCCGACUUCUUAGCUUUCCACGCCUCCCUCAUCACGCAGACCAGCCAGCCGCCACCGGUAUCUCUUCCUCAAAAAUCUUGGUUCUCCAAUACUGUCUCAAACGACCGCUUUCGCGAAGAGCGCCGCCGUGGAUUGGAGGAGUAUCUCCAAGCCAUCAAUGAAUCGUCGGAUAGCCGCUGGCGCAACUCGUCUGCCUGGCGAGCAUUCCUGAAUCUCCCCACAGCCGCCAUCUCCGCAUCCAGCGGCACAAGUAACACCUCGACUCGGCUCCAUGCCGCGAUCACAGAUCCUGGUUCCGCCUCCAACACCCAGAUCACAGAUCCAACCCUGUGGCUCGAUUACUACCGUGACAUGAAAUCCCACCUGCACGAUGCCCGCUUACAGCUUUCCCGCCGCGACCAAGAGACCACACCCGCAAAACAGCAUGAAAGUUCUGCCCAAGCGAAGAGCAGUCUUGUCCGCGCGGGCACAAUGAUUGGCACUCUGGACGAUGGUCUCAAAAAUCUCGGUAGCCGCGGAUCGCAAUCCGGUCAAUCCACCACGUCCCCUCUGGGUGACGGGGAGUUGCGCCGUCGCAAGGAUCUGCUGAUCAAUGCACGCAAAGAGAAAGAUGGACUCGAGGACUUGUUACAUGCCAUGGCAACGAAGAGCCGGCUCGAUAGUGCGGUGGCCUCGAUCCAAGACAAGGAUACGAAUGCAUUGUUUGGGAAUAACGAUAGCUCAAGCAAUGGGCGUAGGACACCUGCUCGGUCUGGACGUGUCCUUGGCAAAGAGACUGAGCGCACUCGGGAGCUCGACAACCAGGGUGUACUGCAGCUGCAGAAGCAAACUAUGCAGGACCAAGACCAGGAUGUGGAGGAGUUGAUGAAGAUUAUCGUGAGACAGAAGGAGCUGGGCGUGGCCAUCCAUGAAGAGCUGGCGGUGCAGAAUGAGUUGUUGAAGUUGGCAGACGAAGAUACGGAUCGACUGAAAUCCAAGGUCGACGUGGGGAAGAAGCGCAUUGGCAGAAUCUCCUAG